AUGUUCCGUCGGCUGGCGGACCCGGACGGCGCAAACAAUGCGCUCAGCCAGGUGCUCUACGGGCUUGCGUUGCGCCACGGCUGGGGCUGUCCGCAGGACUCGGCCAAAGCCGUGACGUACCUCUCUGCGGCGGCGGCGAACUCGGCGUCGAUCGAGUCGCAGGCCCUGCAGGCGGGGAUGAAAAAGGGCGGCGCAGCCAAGGGCGAGCUGGUGCUGGCCAUCUUCGAGUUGGGCAACUGUUUCCGCAACGGCUGGGGGGUGGCCAAAGACGCCGUCGCCGCGCGGCAGUAUUUCGAGACGGCGGCGAACCUGGGCGACACGGACGCGAUGAACGAGACGGCGUGGUGCUAUCUAGAGGGGUUUGGCGGGAAGAAAGAUAAGUUCAUGGCGGCCAAGUACUACCGCAUGGCCGAGGAGAAGGGCAGCAAAUUAGUCGGGAAUUCAUGGUACGUUUUCUCUUUGUCCCCUCUGCUCCCCCACCCCCCUAUCACCCGCGUACGGAGGACAUGCACCAGGGGAGAAGAGGGAGGGCGACGAUAG